AUGAAGAAAAUGAUAGCCUUAGGAUUCGAGGGUUCGGCCAACAAGAUUGGAGUUGGAGUUGUGACCUUAGAUGGGACGAUUUUAUCAAACCCGAGGCAUACUUACAUCACCCCUCCUGGCCAAGGAUUCUUGCCUCGUGAAACUGCCCAACAUCAUUUGCAACAUGUGCUUCCGUUGGUUAAAUCUGCUUUGGAAACUGCCCAAGUAACCUCUGACGAAAUUGAUUGCCUCUGUUACACUAAGGGCCCUGGCAUGGGAGCACCCCUGCAAGUUUCUGCUAUUGUUGUUCGGGUUCUUUCACAGCUCUGGAAGAAGCCCAUUGUUGCUGUUAAUCACUGUGUUGCACAUAUUGAGAUGGGUAGGAUUGUUACUGGGGCGGAUGACCCUGUCGUGUUGUAUGUUAGUGGUGGGAAUACGCAGGUUAUUGCUUACAGUGAAGGGCGAUAUCGAAUCUUUGGGGAGACUAUUGAUAUUGCUGUUGGGAAUUGUUUGGAUCGAUUUGCCAGGGUUUUACAACUCUCCAACGAUCCUGCUCCUGGAUAUAAUAUAGAGCAGCUUGCUAAGAAAGGAGAACAAUUUAUAGACCUUCCUUACGUUGUCAAAGGAAUGGAUGUUUCUUUUAGUGGCAUAUUGAGCUUUAUUGAAGCUACCACAGAGGAGAAGCUUAAAAAUAAUGAAUGUACUCCGGCAGACUUGUGCUACUCCUUACAGGAAACUGUGUUUGCUAUGCUUGUUGAGAUCACAGAACGGGCAAUGGCACAUUGUGACAAGAAAGAUGUUCUUAUUGUUGGUGGUGUGGGAUGCAAUGAACGGUUGCAAGAGAUGAUGAAAACAAUGUGCUCUGAGAGGGGUGGAACAUUAUAUGCAACUGAUGACAGGUAUUGCAUUGACAAUGGAGCAAUGAUUGCGUACACUGGUCUCCUGGCUUUUGCUCAUGGCACAACAACACCACUAGAGGAAUCAACUUUCACCCAGAGGUUCCGCACUGAUGAAGUGCAUGCAGUCUGGAGAGAGAAAGAGUCAGCUAGCGUGAAUGUUACUGGAGAAUAGGUCCUAAACCAAGCAAACCUAAGGUUUGCCUUUUUGCUGUUGCUAUAAGUAUGAGUACUUGGGGUAACUUUACAACAACAACUGCUAUAUGGAUCUUUUUUGUUUACCAUUCAGCUCUGUUAGACACCAGGUCCGUAUCAAUACCUAUGUGCUUGCUUGAUGUAACUUUAGCAAUAAAAAAUUUCAGUAUAUACCAAUCAAGUAGGACUCCUGGAGAAGUGGAGAUCAAUGUAUUAUUCUCUGGUAGCUAGUUUUGUAAUUGUAAGGCAUAUUUGCAGCUACUCAUCAAAAGGGAAUUGUUAUGUUCACAUCCAUUGCCUGCUAAGUAUAUAUUAUAUUAAAAUUUCUUACA